CUCGAUUGGGCCACAUUUGAUGUUUACUUGUGUGAAAUGAUAACUGUAUGAAUUACGGUUGAGUGAACAUUGAGUGUCGAGCUAACCCAGUCAACACCAAGAACCAACCAGAAAAGCCUCCUCCCCCGAUGAUAAUAAUGGGCUGGUCCGAACAGCUUCAGUGCUCUGUGUUGAACAGUGUGAUGGAAGGUCUUUCGUAGACAUGAUGUUUCUAGGAUGAGGAAAUUUACGCUUACCUUUUCUCGUGGACAAAUUAUUAGCUGUUAACAUAUUUUACUUUUCCUAGCCGCCCGAGUUUUAUCCUUCCACCAUGGGCCAGAAGCAUGGGAAACAUCCCAAGGAGGGGGACGAGGAGGGAGAAACGUCCCUCACACAUUCCCCCAAACGAUCAUCCAAGAGGGGGUCAAAGUCGUCCAGGACACCGAGUCGGGAGUCCACGCCCCCCAAUAUAGAAACAUUAGACCGAGAACCCAGGGCGGGACCAAAGACGAAAGAUAUUGUGAUUGAAUCAAAGACUACUGCUGACACUGUGCCUAAAUCGGCAUCGCCUCCGAAGAAGUCGCCCACGAAAAAGUCUCCAUCUAAAGGUGGCAAGAAGAAGGCGAAGAUUGCAAACGAGGAAGUGAUUAUAAAGUCGGAAGACAAAGGUGUUGAAAGUGGGCGUGGGAACCCACAAACCCCGGUGAAGGAUAAAGGCCCUGAAUUGAACCAGUGACGCCAAUGGCCAUGAAUGACAUGUCAAUAACCAAUCAUCACCCACAGGCAACCUCUACUCCUGCCGCGCCCAACGGCGUCGUCAGCACAGGGGUCACCAUCAACAGUCCACAUCUAAGCCCUGAGUCCACUGACCAUUCCGCGAGUGAGGAUGAAGAUGAGGAGAACACACCAACAGACCAGCAGUUUUCGUUUCGCUGCCCGAGCCCCACUAGUUCCUUAACAUCAGCCUCUACCACAAGCAGUUGGAGACGGAAUGCCUCGCAUGACUCUUCGAUGGAAAGAAGUCGGGGGAUGAACUUCGGUCGGUUCUACACUGGCAGUUAUUUGGAGAACAGCAAAACGGAUUAUUUAAAACGAGCGAGCCUCAACCCUAAGGAAACUCAGAAAUCUCCCCAAUAUCAUAGACCACCUAACUUCUCCUAUUCAAGCGACAAACCAGAAUUUCUCAAAGCAAGAAAAAUAUCGGCAUCGGGGAGCAGCGGGAUGAUGGCGCUGGCGUCAGGGCAGACGCGUGUUGUCAAGGUGCGGCGCAGCUCUUCUCCCAGCAGCCUCCGCAACUCGGAGGCCGUCAGGAUGAGUACCUUCCCAGGGGGCAAGCGACCCCCACCAAACGAGGUUGAGAAGAUCGAGAGGGAUGACUGGCCAGGACCUGCCUCCCCGGCAGCCAUUCUACCAGAGAUCUUGCGGGAACGGCGGAGAAGUCGGGGUGAGAAGGAUGAAGAUGAUGACGAGGAGGUAGAGCAGGAUCCGAAGUUUGAGCGUGAGCUGGAGGAGAUCUCCAAGCUGAAGGACAAGUCCGGCAUCGGUUCCCUCAUCUACAAGGAGAUGGAGGAGAGGAAGUCUCUCCCCAAGAAGCCGAUGGACCCCUGGCUCUCCUCGCGGGUCCCCAGUGCCAAAUAUGUGCCCCGAUACAGCACCCGGUUCCAGUCACCCAUGUUUGCCUCUCCUUCUCGAUUCCUUGACCGACCUCGCUACGCAUGGGAUGACAGCGAUCUCCGUGGUUACCGAUCUCUCUCUGGCAUCGGCUAUGGCUACAGUCAGACACCCAAGCCUGGCUAUGGACCAUCCUAUGGUGUGGCGCCAAGGGCAGCAACUCUGCCACUUUCGGGUCUCUUUGGUGCUAGAGAUGAAUUUGAUCUCUACCACAUAAACACGAACGUGUCGGCGCAGAACGGAGACAGAACUACACCUUCGUCGACUUUGAAUACUGACGAUGUUCCCAAGCGAGAGCCACGGGUGUGGGGCAUCAGUGGUGUAUCUGGGUACGAAGGUCCUUCCAUAUCAUUACUCAAGCUGCAGAAGAGCACCUGGCAUACAGAGGCAGAACCCCCGAUUUAUCCAUAUGAGAAGUUGAAGAUAACAAACUUUGAUCUGCCCAAAGACGUAGAUACUAACCAUUUAGAGAUUCAUCUAAAUGAGGAAGAAUUCCACAGUAUAUUUGAAAUGCCUAAAGAUAAAUUCUAUAGACUAGCAGAAUGGAAGAGGAAUGACAUCAAGAGAAAACAACAUUUGUACUGAGAUGUUGCUUAGAUACAGACGCCAUCAGGACCCAUCUAUCAUCCAAUCACAGGAAUUGUUACAAAUAACAAACGUCCAACCGCAAGCCCAUUUGCAUCUGUGUAUAUGCCUUUUGUAGCCCACAAAUCGGCAGAGACAUUCACUGCACUUUUCAGCGGUAUGUGUAAGGGGGAUAACUCCAAACUUGCUUGGAUAACUCCAAACUUGCUUCCUUUGUGCAAAGGGGAAUAACUCUGGAGAAGCUGUCCCAUUUUGUUAUGAAUGUAAAUGGGAGAUAACUCUAACAGUCUUAUGGAGCCCUCUAAAGGUUACUAACAACCACUAUUAGGUUUCCUUCCUCUUUUUCGAAAUUAAGAAGUUAUGGAAUGGAGUUUCAAGAAGAAAAUGGUUUCUUGAUGAAUGGAAGAUUUUCAACCAGUUGACCAUUGUUGAAAAGAGACGAGAAUUGAAAUCUGAUUCUUAGUGCUGAAGAACUGGUAAGUUCCUCAAGGAUUCACUGAAGAAGUGCUAUAUAAGAAUUCCCACCCUGUUCAAGAUUCCCUCAACAUAAUAAGUGGGGAAAUGCAGGAAUUACACCUUGAUGAAAUGUUACACCAAAAUGGCUGUGCUAACCAUGGUUUGCUUCUCAAGGGGAGAUAACUCUGACUGAACAAUUGCAGGUAGCAUCUCAUGAUCAUAGAGACACAUGGCCAACCUAAACCCUCCCAUUUGAGGGUUUGCUUCUUCUUUGAGAGCAUAAUAUCUUCGUUGUCUAUCUAGCAAUGCUGGCUAAGCAUAGACCUAGAACUUCUAUCCAGCAUAUGGCCUGUUAUCUGAGAGCAGUGUUAUGGACAUAGAGACUGUGCAUGCUUAUUGCAUUUAUAAACAUAAUCACUAUAAAACAGUACAACUGCUAUAUAUUCAGCCUUGAAUGUUAACAUUAUAUACUGUCAACCAUUGUAAACUGACGCGGUUAAUAAGCGCCAGAAUUGAUAAAAACAAACAGGCCAUAUUUUAUUUAUGCACAUAAGGUUGUGUUUUAUUUUGCAUAUUUAAACUGAUGCUAUAAUGUUUUAUAUUUUAAGAUCUUUCAUUUGUAAUGUUUUUUCUGAAGAUGGUUUUAUAUUCUGUGAUCGAUAUGAGAAGCAUGUUCAAAUUUAUUAUUCUUUGGUUCUCAGAAAGCUUGGUAUUUGGCAAAUAUGGGUAUUUGGCUGUUAAUGGUAUAUAGUGUGGAAUCUGAAUUGUUUAAAUAUAUUUUUGUUUAUCUUUGUUUUCUCAAACCAAGAGGCAUUAUUCAUAGGUCAUAUUUGGUUGUGUUUGCAUACAAAGAAGUCUGCAUUUAUUUAUGAUUGUGUCAACAAUGGAAACAGUUCACUGCUUGUAAAUUAUUUUUUGCUUGUAUAUUUAUCAUCUGCUCGUUGCCUCAUGUAUGUGUUGGCAGAUUCUUUGAUGACAAAACCAUACAAUUUCUGCCGUUCUUUAGUUAAUCACACUUCCGUAACCAUGGUUACUUGUCAUGUCCAUUGCAUAUUUGUACAUAGCACUUGGUCAGCAUAAUUACCACGGAGUUAUAGGAUAAUCAACUUGCUAAUUUCAAUGUAGAUUUCUGUAACCAUCUUCUUUUGUGUGAAUCCAGAACACGAGAUAUUCCACAAAUUGAUUCAAUGCUUAUUUAUCAAAGCCAAUUAAGAUAAUCAGACUGAGACACACCAUGAAGCUGGAGUUAUAUAUACACUAUAUUUUUGAAUGUUGUAAGGGCAGAUGGGUAGGUGAGUGGUUAAAGCGUUAGCUCAUCACAACCCAGGUUCGACUCCCAUCAUGGUACAGUAUGUGGAGACUCUCCUUGUAUUUCCACCAUUUUGUCUAGGUUAUUGCCAAAAGCAGUGUUACAUCCAAAUCACACAAUUUUUCGUGUACCAGAUGUUUUACAUUGACUUAGAAGUAUUCAAACAAUAUUUGAUACCUUUUAGCCCUUGAACCUUUUUUCGAUCUCUGCUCUGUGAAGUAAUUUUUGAGAAAUGACAUUUUUUUUUUAUACCUUGUAAUAUAUCGCCCCGAAGCUUGAGUAAUCAGCUUGUGCGCCUCUGCGAUUAAAAUCAUGUUUGCGUACAGCGUAAUAUCCAGUGGGGUUUUACGACAGGACUCGAGUGCCUACAGGCGUGGUAGAUCUGUACAUAUGCCGUGUUGAUUAUCAGUUGUUGUUUCGGUUCUUGUACAAAGGAUGUAGUUAAAACCAUGUACAGUUGGAUGGAUGGAUGGAUGGUGAGAAUGAAUCCUCAUUUGUGAAUGAGUCGAAGGAGUUGAAGGACGGCGUUGACCCUCGUCUUGUUGUGUGAUGGAGUUGGCAGUGUUGUGUGUCUUCAUUGUGCAGUGCUUGUGCCUAGUGUGUAGAUCUUGCCGGACAACAUUCACCCUAGGAUAUUCAUAAAUUAUGUCAUUGAAUUUUUGUUUUUCUUUACUUUUUUAUGUGAUUAGAUCAGAAAUAUUUCAAGAUUCAUUUUAUCUUUGUUUGUGGAUCUACCAAGCUGAAAGUUCACAAAUAUGACUAAAAUUUGAAUUUAAGUUAUAAAAUCUUUUUUUAUUCUCUAAAAUCUGUAAACUUUGUCAACCGAGCAGAUUAGUAGGUCUCCUUUGGAUUAGCCACUUUGGAUAUAAACAGGUUUAUAUCAUUCUGUUUGUAGUGAUGUUUUUUGUUUGUAUUUAUAUCUGUGAAAAAAUUAAUAAGGAAGAGGUCUUAGUGUGUAAUGAGAUUCAUUCUCUAAAAUAAGUGUUACAAUUCGUCAUAAAUUAUUGUGGUUUAUAGAUUUCUCAGUUUUCAACAGGUUUGUAUACUGUAUUAUUAAUUAUAUAUUUAUAUUGAUUGAUAGAGUAAAAUAUGGGUUUUCAUUUUAAGGUUUACUUGUUCAUUGGCGGCAGAAUUAAAAACACUUAUUUACUUUUUCAUUUUUUCACAUAUAGUUUUGGGACUCUACAAAUUCAGAGUCAACAAUGAGUAAAGGUGAUCUGACACAUUUUUUGCUGUUGUAAUAAAAAAAAUAUUUUAAGAAUAGUCUAUGGUGAAUGUUCUUUAGGCUUGCUAGGAUAGUUGUCAUAUUAUGCUAUCAACGUUUUAUGAAAGAAGUUUGUGUUGAUUUGGUGCUUUUUACGAUUGUAGAUUUUUUUAAUCAUAUCUGUUUAAUUGGUAUUGUUGGUGUUAUCAACUUGCAACCCUCUUUUUCCAAAAUGGAUUCUCCCAUGAUGUUUGAUCUUGAAAUCAGGGAGAGUCUAAUUUGAGAAUUGGGUGAGAUAUUAAUCUGCUUUGUAAGUGUUGAAUUAUGAAAAACAAUGUCCCCUUGUCCAAUUGUUUGUUGAUGAGCGUUGAUGUUCGUAUGCUUGUUAUAAGUCAUGGUAUGUCUGUUUAUUCUUUGUUAAUUUUCAUCCCGAUCUUGGAUUUGUUUGUGUGAUAUGUCACUGAAUUUUGAAUCAUGGUCAUUUUUUGCUGUUGAAUCAUGGCCAAUAUCCAACCUCAAUGUGUAAUGGUAAUUCAGUAUGAAAAUGUGAUUGAAUUUUCAUGUUGAUUACAAUAUAUUGGAUUACAGGUAUAUUUAAAUUAUUGAAUUGAGAAGUUCGUUUUGUCAUUCUCAAUCGUAAAACCAGAUAUGGUCAAAAAGCUAAACUUUUACACGUCUUAUUCAAAUAAUGGCAUCUGGAUCAUAAUGUGCAUGAAAGCUUAGAACAAGUGAUAUUGAAAUGAUUUUUUUUGUGAUAUUACCAUUUGUCGGAUGUUGCCUCGGUGACAAGUCGCGGUUUAUGUUGCCACUGUUGUAUGACAUUAGGUCCCGUAGCCAUGUUUAGGGACAUUCGCUUUAACAUAUCAGAAAAAAUGCUAGUUUCAUAGAAUUUUGUUUUAAAGAUGUUUUUAAGUUUAGCCAUUUUUCCUUCCGAUUUGAUUCCGAACUUUACCAAGUGCAAUAUACAUAAUAAGCAAGUAGAACAUGUGAUUACAUCUUGUGGACAUUCAUGAAUUCUGAAGGCCUUUCUGUAUCAUACAGUUCAUCAAUAUUUAAAUCCAACCUGAAUUAUGCAAAUUUGAAAAAAUAGAAAAUUUAAAUGAAUUUUCUUGGAGUUCUGUAACAUGAAUUACCUGGAAAAAAUGUUGAAAUUUUCAGGCUGUAACAAAUUUCAGUCAGUUUCUGCAGAACUGCUUUUUCUGCGAGAUGUUCAUUUCAUUUAACCAGAUCUGAACUCCCUGUUUUAUGAAUGUUAUAUCACAACUGCCUAUCAUAUUGCAUUACUGGACAACACUCAAUUUAUACCGUCAAUUUAAGGUAAUAGUAUGAUUUGAUUUGAAAUCAUAUACAUGAAAUUAUGGAGGAUCGGUUAGAAAAUGUUUUGUGCAAAGAUUUCAAGGUAGGAUAUAAUAUUCCAUUUACAUGGUGUAAACAUAUUUUGGAGUAAUGUUUUGCAUUGUUAUUUAUUCUGAUGGUUUGGAAUAUUACUCUGAUUUCAGCGAACUAGUCCCACGACCUUGACAGUCUAGCCUCAACUAGCCCCUGUACUUGGCUUCACGUAGAUUACUCACGGUCUCCUGCUUUGUAGCGCUGGCAACUAACCACAUGUCUGCCAUUGUUUGUGGUUUCUGAAAAGGCUAACGAAAUCCUUUAGUUACACCUUCAGAACAAUUUGUUAGUCUGUUAGUGGAGUUAAGUUAGUCCCUGUACAACAGGAACUCUCUCCAUGGUAACCGAGGUUGAUGGUCUAACUAGAAUGAAAUCAGAUUCAGUGGCAGUAUGGUCUGGACAACCGCACCAAUAUUUAUAUUAAAGGCAUCAGGGCCCCGCUUUUCAAUGCGAUAUCAGUGUGACAACAGUUGUAUGUGUUGAAGAGUGGGAAAUACAAUUGUUUUAGUGCUAAGCCCAUAGAGACGGAGUUACGAUCUCUUAGUACCAGGGCUGUCGUAAGACUAAAUGGAAGAAAGGGAUUUACGAUGUUCUAUUAACAGGACCAUAAUAAGUCUAUGUGGAAGAAAGAGAGUUAGGAUCUCUUAGUACCAGGACCAUCGUAAGUCUAUGUGGAAGAGAGAGAGUUACGAUCUCUUAGUACCAGGACCAUCAUAAGUCUAUGUGGAAGAAAGAGAGUUAGGAUCUCUUAGUACCAGGACCAUCGUAAGUCUAUGUGGAAGAGAGAGAGAGAGUUUCAAUCUCUUAGUACCAGGACCAUUGUAAGUCUAUGUGGAAGAAAGGGAGUUACGAUGUCUUAGAUCCAGGACCAUCGUAGGUCUGUGGAAGAAAGGGAGUCUUGAUGCUGGUACUAUUGAAAGUCUGUGUGAAGAAUUAGUCACAACAUUUUAGUGCUAAGAUGGUAUUGUAAAACGGGGCUGUGAUCAGAAUCUGAUGAUGUUGAUAUAGGCCUAAGUUGUGAUCCACUGCAGCGUGCAGGUCUGCUUGGUGCAGCCUCUUUCUGUCUCUAGUUGUCCACGUGUGUACAUUGAUACAUCUGUUUGCUACGCUUGUACCAGGCAGUGACAGACAUUGCCAUCAGCAGAUUGGCUUUAUAUGCAAAGAAAUAAAAUGGAUUCCUUCUCUUUA